GGGCGAGGCGAGGCGAGGCUUGCUGAAGAGAAGCUGUGGCCGGGGCCGGGCCGGGCCAUAAACGGUGGCGGCGGGACCAUGGAGGCGGCGGCGGCUGCUGCUCCGCGUCGCCGGCUGCUUCUCUUCGUGUUGGUGGCAGCGGCGGCGGCGGCGACGCUGCUACCGGGGACGGAGGCAUUACAGUGUUUCUGCCACCUCUGUACAAAAGAUAAUUUUACCUGUGAGACGGAUGGUCUCUGUUUUGUCUCAGUCACAGAGACCACAGAUAAAGUUAUACACAAUAGUAUGUGUAUAGCUGAAAUCGACCUAAUUCCUCGAGACAGGCCAUUUGUUUGUGCGCCAUCUUCCAAAACUGGGGCUGUUACGACAACAUAUUGCUGCAAUCAGGACCACUGCAAUAAAAUAGAACUCCCAACUACAGGACCUUUUUCAGAAAAGCAGUCCCCUGGCCUCGGUCCUGUGGAGCUGGCCGCUGUCAUUGCUGGUCCAGUCUGCUUCGUCUGCAUUGCACUUAUGCUGAUGGUCUAUAUCUGCCACAACCGCACUGUCAUUCAUCAUCGAGUGCCAAAUGAAGAAGAUCCAUCCCUAGAUCGCCCCUUCAUUUCAGAGGGCACCACCCUAAAAGAUUUAAUUUAUGAUAUGACAACAUCAGGAUCUGGAUCAGGUUUACCAUUGCUUGUUCAGAGAACAAUUGCCAGGACCAUCGUGUUACAAGAAAGCAUUGGCAAAGGUCGGUUUGGAGAAGUUUGGCGAGGCAAGUGGCGGGGAGAAGAAGUUGCUGUGAAGAUAUUCUCCUCUAGGGAAGAACGUUCGUGGUUCCGAGAGGCAGAGAUUUAUCAGACUGUGAUGUUACGCCAUGAAAACAUCCUAGGAUUUAUAGCAGCAGACAACAAAGACAAUGGCACCUGGACUCAGCUGUGGCUGGUGUCGGAUUACCACGAGCAUGGAUCCCUUUUUGAUUACUUGAAUAGAUACACUGUUACAGUGGAAGGGAUGAUCAAACUGGCUCUGUCCACGGCAAGCGGUCUAGCCCAUCUUCACAUGGAGAUUGUUGGUACCCAAGGAAAGCCAGCUAUUGCUCACAGAGAUUUGAAAUCAAAGAAUAUCUUGGUGAAGAAGAAUGGAACCUGCUGUAUUGCAGACUUGGGAUUGGCAGUGAGACACGAUUCUGCCACAGAUACAAUUGAUAUUGCUCCAAACCACAGAGUAGGCACUAAAAGGUACAUGGCCCCUGAAGUUCUAGAUGACUCUAUAAAUAUGAAACACUUUGAGUCCUUCAAGCGUGCGGACAUCUAUGCAAUGGGCUUAGUGUUCUGGGAAAUUGCUCGACGCUGUUCCAUUGGUGGAAUUCAUGAAGACUACCAGCUGCCUUAUUAUGAUCUUGUACCUUCUGAUCCAUCAGUUGAAGAAAUGAGAAAAGUAGUUUGUGAACAGAAGUUAAGGCCAAAUAUUCCAAACAGAUGGCAGAGCUGUGAAGCCUUGAGAGUAAUGGCUAAAAUUAUGAGAGAAUGUUGGUAUGCCAAUGGAGCAGCUAGGCUGACAGCUUUGCGGAUUAAAAAAACAUUGUCACAGCUCAGCCAACAGGAAGGCAUCAAAAUGUAACUGAAGCUUCGUGGGAACUCUGCUCUCUUCAGAUCUGCUCCUGGGUGUGUUUGGGAGGCCGAUUGUUCUACCUCACUGAGAGAACGGAGGGCGCUGCUUCCUCUUGCUGCAGUGGAAUAUGGUCCAUUGAAAGCUUCCCAGGCUUUCUCUGGGCCCAGAGGCAGCCACAGGAUCCUUUCUGUGCACUAUGGAUGGUUCUUCCCAGGACAGUUAGAGAAUGUUGUGUAGUCUCCUUUUGUUCUUAUUAGCAAAGCUUGUUUGUAAAAGAUGACUGCUGGCCCUUAAGGAGCUGCUGUGCUGGUGGUCAUCCCUGAGGGUGAAGGAGCUGCAGUGUGGCGUUAGAUGAAGCACUUGUGAUUUUCACUCCUGGUUAGUACAUUCUCAGAGGAUUCUGAACCACUGGUUUCCUUGAUUUACUUUGAAUGUACUGUUCGAUAAUCUUUCAGGAUCUUAAACUAACACCUAAAACUCUAUAGUCGAAAAGAAAUGACCUCGUGUAGGUGUGAGGAGCACAACUGAUGCAGUUGUAUUUGUGUACGGCUCCUGCUCCUUCACACUCAGAACACAACAUGCCUUCAAAGUGGCUUGUGCUACACCAGUAAGUGCCACUUCUGUGUCUUUCUAAAUGGAAACGAACAGAACUGCUCAAAGUCUGUGCCAAGUCCUGUAUCGUUUUCAUUCAAAACGUUUAUUUUUCUGAGUAACCUAAAUCUUUUCUGGGUUUGUUUUUGUUUUUAAGAGUUUUUGUGGUAGAUGUCAUUCAGUAUUUAUGCCUUUCUCCUACCCAAAUGUGCUUGAACCACUGAGGCAAUGCAGUAGCAUUAAUAAGCAGAGUUAUUGGUCAUGUGGGAAUAUCCCCACAUCAAGCUUUGGAGCUUUGCAGUUGAGAUGUGUUUUCUGAGUUUAUUUUAAAAAUGAAGUGGCACUUCAGACACGUACAGUGCUUUAUGGAUUUAAUCAUUGUGGCAUACAGACUCAUUCUUCUAAAAGGAGAGGUUUGUCUACUGCCUUGUGAAAAGUUGUAUGCUUUUCUGUAAGCCAUUUUUUUUCUUUAUCUGAUCAAAGACUGUUUUUUUUUCUUUUUUGAAAUGAAUUGCAUUUAAAAUUCAAAUGUGGUUAAUGUUAAAUGAUAGGCCUUUUCUAAGAAGGCAGAGAUAGUUAAUUUGAAUAUGUAACAGGUGUAUUUGACUUUCACAUGUAUUGUAGCUGUAAGUAUUUGUGGAUUCUAUCUUGGGAAGGGUAGAGUUAAUGGAGUUCUGAGGUCACUACACUCUGAGGAAGGCAGCUUUGAAUUUGGUCUUUCUUAAUCUCAUGUGUAGAUCUUGCAACGGCAUGAUUACAUGGUGGCGCUGAGUACAGUGCACCCUGAUACUGGGAGAAGUGGCAGCUAACAGCCAUUGUGAGUAGAGGAUCUCUUUUCAUAUAUUCUUGGCCAUAUGAAAUGUUCAAAGUCAGCCUGUUAGGUCUUCUCACUGGUCUGGAGUCUUUGCAGGGCUCAUAUGGCUUUCAAAGUCCUUUUUAUCACUGUGAUCAUAUUCUGAGGGAAAAAUGUUAUCAUUGCUUGAGGCAAGAUAUUGCACAUAGUGACACCAGUUCCCAGAUAAAAAGGUCAAAAUAACCUUUAGCGGUAGUCAAGAAGAGAUUGUGACUGUUGAUGCUGAAGCAGCUGUUUUCUGUUAAUGUCUUAUCUCAAACCUAGAAUCAAUUUAAAGACUAUUUGGUCUUAAACCAAAGUAACUGUAGGAUGAAUGACAUGUUGCAUAGGCAUUAGUGUCAGUUUCAUGUAUUUAAAAACAUCAUGGGGAAAAGUGCUUCGUUUAGUAUUUUUUAAUACAAAUUUGCGUUUUUUUCUGUAAUUACGAUUCAUCAGUGUAGGUAAGCGUGAUGGUUUGUUGUUACAGUUGUGUUCUGUCACCUGCUUAGUGAGCUCUAGUGCUAUGAUCAGGUACUUUUGGGGCCUUUGUUUGUUUUUUGUUCUUUCCAUUUCUAACCCUUUGAGAUCUGCUUUAUGGAAAUCCAGGGGACCAAUGCAUUUUAUCACUAAAACUAUUUUUAUAUAAUUUUAAGAACAUACCAAAAGUUGUCUGAGUUAAAGUUGUAAUACGGUUUCUCACUUUCAUACAAGGAAAUGAGAUUUUUCUGAAGAUGCUUCUCAUCACAUCAGAAGCUGAAGAAUCAUUAUGUUGUUCUUGCCUAAGUGGAUAAAAUGUGCUUUUGAUGAAUCAGGGAACUUUUUUAAAGUUGGAAUUUAGUUCUCAAUUGAGUUUACAUAUUUAUAGCUAAUUUUUGUCCAGGGAUAGUUUGAUAAUCCCCAAGUGGCCAAUAUGAAAAUGAAAAUAACUUAAAAGCUGAGACAGGUCAUGGUUACUGUGGCUGUGACUACAGAUACAUCUGAUUAGAAAAAUACAUUUAUGUCAUUUUGUAACAUAUUCUAUUGAUAUUGUCCAUCAAAAACAGCUCCCCCGCCCCCCUGCCAAGAUGUAGUAUGGCUACAACACAUCUUCUGAUUUGUCAGUACCCUGGCAGAGAGAGUGUGAGGGAAUUAGGACUCACUGAGGCAUAGACCAACUGGGCCCCAUGUGUUUUCAACUGUGUUUCUCCUAGUCUGCCUUUCUGCUGGCCCUGGGCUCAGAGACUUUUGUCCCCACCCCACCUCCAGCCUUUGGACUGAAGAGCUGCUUUUGAGACCUAAAAUGAAGUGGUUGAUAGAAGCUGUGUGACAUUUUUCCACUUGCUCGGGUCAUUGGGUGUCACAGGGAGUGGUCUGCAAGUAUGGGGCUGGGAAUGCUCCUGCUGGUAGCUCUGCUUUGAUGUUAGCUCUGGGCAGAGUGGUGACACUCUGAGUUAGCUCUGGGUGACAGCCAGGUGGCAGCAGGCGCUGCCUCAGAAAUAGUGGCUAGCUGUGUUCCUAGUAGAACAGUAAGGCCUGAGGAGCUGAGCCUGGAAUCCUUCUACUACAGUAGUACUCAAGAAGUGCCUUGAGGCCCUGUGUGGUGCCGUGGCUCAAGAAUUCCACACUUUGGUUCUCACUACAGAUUUAAGUGGUCACUUGACUGUUUGCAGUCCAUACAUGUUUGACUCUUUCCCCAUUGUCAGAUACGUAAAACCGAUGACGAAGUACUAAUUAACAUCCACACCAAAAUCUGCCCAGUAGACAUAGCAAAAGUCUGUGUUUUCACUCCAUGCACUGAAGGAAUGGUUGUAAGUCAUAUCUUUGUUCCUUGGUCCUGGGAGUGGUCUGGCUCCACAUGUGGAGAUUCCAGAUGUUGUUCUCUUACAGUUCAGCAGAACAUGUCAAUGUGUUGAGAUUCUGAAGAAUAGUUCUGGAUGGCAGUGCAGCUUCAUGUGUUGGAUGUUGAAAUUUCUGUGGGCUCUCUCUAGGAAAGCUGAGGGCUGUCAGUACAUUAUUUUCAAUCCUGUUAUGUACUCUUACUUGUAAACAUUUUUAAAAAGUGGUCAGUAACAUUCAACCUCUUUCUUAAAACUUAAAGUGAAUUUGUUUUUAUUUUUCAGUGAGAUUUGUGAGUUGAGUAUCAUGAACUGUGUUUUGAUAAUCCCUUUUUCACAUUGUGCCAAUGGAAUGGAGUAUUUGAUAUUUCUUUAUAGGUCAAGGAGAUGCUUCAAAAUGUCAUUUGCUUUAAACUUAAAUUACCUCUCAAGAGACCAAGGUACAUUUACCUCAUUGUGUAUAUAAUGUUUAAUAUUUGUCAGCAUCCUCCAGGUUUGCAGUUUUAUUUCUAUAAAGUGUGAGUAUUAUGUUGCUAAGUUACUCAGAUGGUACUGUAUUGUUCAUAUUUGUACCCCAGAUAACAUCAUCUAUACUUUGUUUUCUGUAUUUUAUUGUGUUUGUGAAAAAAAUCUUUCGACUCUGUUGGUGUGAUCUCUGCCCAUUUCAGAGAUGUACAGAUGUCCAUAGAAGUUUUCAUUUAAGUUGAAUGAUUUUGAGAAGCCUGUGAAGAAGAGAGAAAAACAAACUGCGUUUCCCCAUAAGUUUUUAAAAUUGUACAUGGGUAUGUGUAGUAAUAUUCCAGAUGAACUGUAAAUAGAAACUAGGGAGAUGCUUAAGUUACGUCCUAACACUACAAUAGAAAAUGGAAACAAUGCCAAUAAACUACUUUUUCCCACCAGU